AGAAGAAGAAGAAGAAGCACGAGAGGAGGCGAACAUUAAAGUUCAGACUUUAUAAACACGCUUAUAUAAAAAAUAAUGCCCGUGUAACUGGGUUUUAAAGUGAAGCCGCCAGCUGAGCACCAUGGUCGGUUUGAGAGAAACCGGUUUCCUCGGCGCCUCCGUCGCUCUGGCGGCAGGAGUCGCUUAUCUUAUCUGGAAUUACGCGUCCUCCUCCGGGCAGAAGAAGACGGGGAGCCGGCGGUCCGGAGAGAACGACACCAGUUCCACACGAAAAGAAGAUAAUAGGAGGAAAAAAGAGGAAGAAGAGAAGAGAGUCGUAGAGGAGGAGGAAGAGCUAACCGAGCAGACUGCCGUUGUAACUGCUGCUACUGCUGCUGUUACUGCUGCUGCUGCUGCUGUUACUGCGACUAAAGAACCUACACUUUCACAGUCCCAGCAUGUGCAGCCUAGGGGGACCCAGGUUCUGGUUCUGGGUCUGGAAGGAGCCGGUAAAUCCAGUCUGCUGCACUGUCUGGCCACGGGCAGCCUGGAGCUGGACCUACAGCCGACGCAGGGCCUCAACGCCGUCUCCAUCAACAGAGAGGACAUGCACCUCGAGUUACUAGAAAUCGGAGGUAAAGAGGAGCUGCGGCCGUACUGGCAGAAAUACAUGUCCAGGGCUCUUCUGCUCGUCUUUGUGGUCGACUCGUCCGACGCGCAGCUCUUCCCGGUUGCUAAGGAACAUCUCCACGAGCUGUUGGCCUCUGACCCCUGCCUGCCUUUAAUGGUGCUGGCCAACAAGCAGGAUCUGCCGGGCGCCUGCAGCAUCACCGACCUCCACGACGCGCUGUCCCUGUCCGAGGUCGGAAACCGCAAGAUCUUCCUCAUCGGUGCCCACCUGAAAAAGGGGGAGGCGGAGCUUAGCGCAGGUGUUCAGGAUGCUCGCGAACUGAUCAUGCAGAUGGUUUGUGAGGGCAGAUAAAUCCCUGGUUACAGUCUUUAACUACUUUAAUCCUGUGUUUUCUUUGCACUUUAUUGUUGUCAUCGCCAGUUUGGUAAAAAAAAAAUAUGAUAUUUGUGAGAAAAUUUUACAGUUGGGGAUUAAAGAACAAAAAAUGUAUUUAAUUUUUGCCCCUUUUCAUGAUAUUUAGACAAUUCUCAUGUUACUUUUCAAUCUUAAAGUCUUAAUAUCAAUAAGUGAUGAUACCUGUGAACCUGUUAGCCGCUUUAUCACCAGCAAAGUACUAACCUUUUAAUCACAGCACACUUUAUAAUCUAUAAUGUCUUUAUAAUUUGGACUGAUACUCAUCCACAGAAUACGUAAUACCUCGAGAAAAGACCUGAAUCUGCUCAAGAUCUUCAUGAGGAAAUGAAUAUAUCAACCUCAGAUCCUAAUUGAGGUACGUUAUGGUCUGUGCGACUUCAAUUCCGUCAUAUACGGACAAAUACGCGCUCACCUCCAUUUUGAUCUAAAAGUCGCUGAGAGCAGCUUUAAGGAAAAAAAGCAGGCGUUUAAACCAGUGGGACUUUGAUUCUGACAGGAAACACUACUUCAUCAUGUCGAUUGUUUUAUUGUGAGUGUUGGUUUACGGCUUUAAUAAGAGUUCAUAACGUGUUUUGAUACGUUUUUCAAAACCUUGAUAUUUGAUGUCAUUUAUUUUUCUACUUGGUAGAAAUUCAGUGUCUGUAAAGUUGUGGGACAAAGCUUUCACGUGAACACUUUUUCUGAAUUAUGUUAAAAUGUGAAAGAGCAUUUUAUUCUCAACAUUGUCUAAAGCCAAAACCAGUUCCAUUUUAAAGUAUUAUGUGAAAACAAUCCCUCACAGUCUUACUGUCCAAUUAUAAUUUAGACCGUUACAGUUUUUUUGUUUGCGUUUGGAUCACUUUGUAAACCCAUCGCGCUCCCACACCAAAUUCCAUAGAGAAAACCAGCGAUUUUACAUCACAGCACACAGGAGUUGUUGAUCCACUGCUGCCUCCAUCACAAAGUUCAAAUGAGUGGUUUUUGUGAAUUCUGUGUUUGAAAUCCUUCAUUUUGAUUAACGUCAGUGACACAAACUGACCAGAGGUGGCAGCAGUAGAGCAGCAACUCCUGUGUCCCUGAGAGCUAAAAACGCUGUUUUUCUCAAUGGACUUUGGUGUGUAAGAAUGCAAACUUUAGGUUCUGUUAUUAUAUUAUUUGAAGGUGUGCUGAACCAUGUAGCUAGAGGGAAACAAGUUUUCAAGCUUUGUACUGUAAAUACAGUUUUUCACAUUUAAAUAAAAAUGUCUCCAGUCA